AGGCUGAGGCCUCUGGGCUUCCACACGCUUGGCGGCCUGCCCGACCUGGCCCCCGACACUUCCGCGCACGACGAGCCUGGCGCAGGGCAUGGCCUGCGACCCGCCGCGGCGCGGGCCGCCCUUGCGGCAGGAGGACGGCGAGGACGGCACGGCCCGCGCUUCGUCUCAGGCCUGGCUGGAGAGCCGCCUGCGCGGCCUCUGCCAGGAUUCAGGCAGUGGCGAAGGGUCCUGGCUCGCCUACAGGAAUGCCAGGACGGUCGGUCCCUGCUCAAAGGAUGACUUCGGAGGAGGUCUCCGCAUCUUCAGCAGCAGCGACCUGGAGGCCCCUGAGGCCUUCCGCGACGUGUGGCACGUGAUUUCCAGAGGAGAUGUCAGCAAUGGUGCGCCACUGAGCAGCGAUGAGGAUUCGGCCAGGCUGCAAACGAUCCUGGUGUUCUGCAACCCGAACCAGGUCAGCGAUGUCCAGAGGCUCUGCGACGUCAUCACGAACAUCGACGUGACAAGCAGCGACGCCCCGCCGAUGUUCUUGGUGCCCCACUCCGUGGCGCCCGACAAGCGGGGCCGCACGGACGUCAUGAGGGCAGACCAGGUGAACGACAUCCUGACUAGGGGCUUGGACGGCAUCGUGAGCGGCGAGCCCGAGGGGCUGCGGCUCGCCAUGGCCGUGCGCAUGAAGAUCUGUAAGUCGGCGAACAUCCCGCGGAAGCUGAACGCCAUGCUCACGGAGGCGCGCAAUCGGGGACAGCACGGGCAGUACAUGCAGCGCUGCGCGCACGCGACCCUGUGGGACUACGUGAGGGCUCGCCUGGCGCCCGACAUCCCGGCGGUGGACCACACCCUCGCGCCCGGAGACCCGCAGCAGGUUCCUGGGUACAUCGUCGGGAACAAGCUCGGGCAGGGGACGUUCGGGGCCGUCUACAAGCUGACGGAGAGGCCGGAGACGGGAAGCAGCGUCGAGGUUGUCAAGGCAGUGCCCACCGAGGGCAUCACGCGGAUCGAAGACCUCAUGCACAUGAACAGAAUGAUCCGCGUGAUGAACAUGCUGAGCGAUGAGCAGAGGCGGCACCCGAACAUCAUCCGCCUACACCGCACCUACCACACGCCGACGCACAUUCUUUUCCGGAUGGAGUACGGGGGCCCAGAGAACUUGUACAAGCGCCUGCGCGACCGCCAGGCACAGCAGGCGGAGGAUGCGCGGCCACUGUCCCUCGACAAGGUCGCGACGAUCAUCACCCAGGCCGUCGACGUGGUGUGGCACCUGCACGCGGUGGUGCACGUCUGCCAUCGCGACAUAAGGCCAAAGAAGAUCAUGGUGAACCAGACGCCGGAGUCCAUCACGAUCAAGUUCACAGACUUCGACCUCGCUGUCUCCUUUGAGGACGAGGGCAAGAUGUUAAACAGCCCCUGCGGGACCCUGCCCUUCGUCGCCCCCGAGAUGCUGCUGGACAGCCCCUACGACGGUUGCCUGGCGGACAUCUGGAGCCUCGGCGUGGUGUUCGCGGAGGUGCUCUGCGGGGUGCGCGUGGUGGAGCUCGCGAUCGAGCACGCGGGGCUGCAGGUGCGGCCCCUGGGCGUCAACACCGCGCUCGCGGAGUGCAUCCGCACCUUCUUCCGGAUGCCCGCCGCGGUGGCCCGCCUGCUGGAGGAGCACUGCCGCCCAGAGCUCCGCCCCCUGCAGCCCCUCGGCGGCGCGGUGCUCGCGGGGACGCUGACGGUCGACCCCGCGCAGCGGACGGACGCCGACGGCGUCCGCUCGAUGGUGGAGCAGGGCCUGGCGCCACUGGCCCUGGGGCCCGCCGCGCCCGACAGGUAGCCAGCGGCCCGGCGGCCAGCGGCGUUGCGCCACCCGCGGCAGCACACGCGAUGUCGCAGCAGCACGUCGGCGAGCGGCGAGGUCCACGCCGGCGUCCACCCGCGUCGCACCCGCGUGCCUCCUGCUGCCCUCCUCUCCUCCCGCGUCUCUACCCGCGCCUCCUAGCAUCACACCCGCGUCUCAUCCUCCUCCCCCUCCACCUCCACCCCCUCCGUCUCACCCGCAUGCACAUUUUUUAUCUGCGUCGGCGGCUAGGCAGAGUUUUGAAGAUGUGUUUUAAUUAUUUUUGGGUAUUUUUUAUGUUUCGUCCAAAACCCCCCUGUUGGGGGACACGCCCGGCUAAUCAGAGCGUCAAAAGCGUGAGAGCGUCCGCACUUUGCGGCCGUUCGUUGCGCCAGCGCUCGAUGUUCGACACCGCAGGAGGUGUGCUGGGGGGGGGCGCUAGCCGCGCUCGGGUUGCAAAGCGUGGCAGUCGCGGCAUUUUUCACGACACCACGUGCCGUGCGCUGGCGGUGCGGUCGCUAUUUGUGCCAUGCUUGCAAAGCGUGGCAGGCGUUGCACUUUCUCGAUGCAGCAGGGGUUGUGCUGGUGAGAAGUACAGCAACCCCACCACAUGGCACCUGGCAUUCUGGCAUGCCCCGACGUGCCACGGAGCACGGUGGCGGGCCGCGCGCGGAGCACGCCUGAAUUGCACGCUCGCCGGCAUCGCCGGUCUUUUCUGGCGGGGUAUCGCCGCGAGGUGCACAGAUGAAUCUUCGUGCAGGUUAGAUGUGCUUGCCCAUGCCCGCCCUGUCUAGGAUUGCCCCGCUCCUGUUCUUUGGUUUGCUCAUCGUUCUCCUCCAGCAGCGUUCCGAAAAGUCCAGCAAUGAUUUCAGGAGCGUCCUGGACAGCGUUGCUUCCGAGGGUCCUCGUGUGGACUGCCAGCAGAGUUCCUUCUGAGGGUUGUUGUUCGAAGUCCUGGUGAAUCUCACAGCUUCGAGCGAUUCCACAGUGGGGCCGCGGCACCUUGUAGUAGCAUUGUAAAUCGGGGCUCCUCCCGGUUUGGCGACGGGAAGCUUGACGGAGCUUGGGCGUCGAGCUCAGAGCAAGAGCCGGUCGUCCUCGCGCGUGCCCGAAGGCCCCACCCCACGGCAGGGAGCGUGCUUACAUUUUCAGUUUGGGCUGGCUGUGGCUACAGCCCACGCGGCGCUGGGCACUUCCCCCGGCUCCGCUCCUCCAUCUAUCCAGGAUCGCCCCACUCGCGGUCCGCUUCGUAGGUCCUGGUGGAUCUCACAGCUUCGAGCGACUCCGCAGUGGAGUGGAGCCGCAGCACGCACACCUCCUCGGUUGACGGGAAGCUUGAUUACGAUUGGGGUAGGGGAUACCAGAACUUCCCUGUAGGUCUCCGCCAGCCCGGGUCUCACUUCCCGCAGGCGUGCUGGUUGUGGCAGGGAGGGAUUCGAGCUCAGAACAAGUUCUGGGCCCCACGGCAGGGAGCCUACUUAGUUUUAAGAUUGGCUGGCUGUGGCCACAGCCCACGCGGCGCUGGGCCUUCCCCCGGCGCCGCCCGCCCGUUUCCCGGGCGGUCUUGCUGCGAAGGAAGCACUGGAUGACAAGUGCCCUCCCCAAGGGCCAGGUCAAGGUGCAUCCCUGGACUUACCAGGGAGGCAAGGGGUGAGGGGGCUUGGAAGCGAGAAGACAGGAAUUCCUUCGCCCAGAGGGCCCGCGGGAUUCGACCUUCGCCCGCGCAGCCCGCGUGAAGUGCACGCUCAGCGGCGCCUGGAGGCUGUUCAGUAUUGUGCUCUGUGUUGGACACAAGAAG